UCGGACUUAAUUCAUUAUUAUUAUUCAUUGACUGUCGUUUAUAUGAAUAUUAAGUGUCUGUUCAAUGUAUGAUCGUACGGAAGAUUAGCAGUUAAAAUGUAAACAAGACGGGUUUGAGACGAGUCGCGUACAAAAAAAAGACCAAAAGUGAAGAAAAUAAUUUUUUCUAGUUAAUUAAAAGCGAUAAUUAAGACGAAAUUUAGCCGGAAAUUGAGUUUUAGACCUCAAGUGGAGACGGUUGGUGCUUAAUUUUGCGAGUUAUUUGUCGCUAACGCGACCUUAAGCUGUUUAUCGGACAAUAAAGUGUCGUGAAUCACACUUGAAGUAUUUAUCGGGACCUAUUUUUAUCUUGUUCAACUACUUUUUUACAAAGAAAGCGAAAAAAAACUGAUAAAAAGUGCACACAACUCAUAAAAAUUGAUGUAAAGAUGAUCGCAUAAGUGAUUUCGUAGAAUAAAAAAACAAACAGAUAACAAAAAAACACAAAAAAUGGCUCAAGAAAGUGUCGUUGAUGCAGAUAGCGGCUUCAUAAUCACAAACAAUGUCGAAUUAACGGCAGUCCGAGAUGCUGUGAAUCCCCAAGAUCAGCAAAAAAUUAUCGCAGAGCAGGAACGACGUCACAACAUCUCAAUUUCGUCAAUAGAUUCGAGUGCGUCAUCAUCCACAGCCACUUCCGACGACGACGACGAUGCGGAAAAUCCCGUUUCGACGGAAAUUGACAACUAUACGAACGAUUAUCUGGCGACGCAGCAAGAAAACGACGCCUUACCCGUUGGCGAAACGCAAGGACACAACAUUUCGAGCAUCGCGAUUAAAAAUUCCACAAAUGUGCGGAUCGGAAAUACACAGGAAUUCCAUGCCCCGGUGACAAUUCAGCAAUUUAUGAUCGAUCAGGAGCGAAAAGAGUGGCUGGAAGUGAAAAAUGGCGUCGUUAAUGAGGGAUUUGCGAAGAGUUUGGUUGACAUGUCAGCGGGAAAUGGCAAAAUUUCUGAUGGAAAUCCCACGGAUAAUUUGUCGCCGGAAAAUCAAGGAACAAUCGCCGCAAUUCAGAAAAAGCUGCAAAAUUACUACUUCAUUGGGGCCAUUUGCUGUUGCGUGAUGAUGUCAAUAGUGAUAGGGAUAAUAUUUCUCGUGGUUUAUGCGACAGACAUUUCAGGUAAAGUGCAUCAACGACACCGAAUCGGCGACGGCGAAGACUCGCGACGAAAUAUUCCCAUCGAUUCGACCAUAGAUGUCAGUCGCGUGAACGACACUUCCAUCCUCCGAAUCGUAACUCGCGACGAAUGGAUCGCCCAACCUCCCAAUAAUCCUCUUACGCCGCUUGAACUGCCAUCGACCAAGGUAAUUAUCGCUCAUACAGCCACCGAAGGAUGCACCACACAAGCUCAAUGCACGUUCCGUGUUCGUUUCAUCCAAACUUUUCACAUUGAAAGUCGCAAUUGGGACGACAUCGGGUACAAUUUCCUCAUUGGCGGCGACGGAGCUGUCUACGAAGGACGUGGUUGGUUAAGUCAAGGCGCUCAUACCCUUCGUUACAACAAAAAGAGCAUCGGAAUCGCUUUUAUCGGCACUUUCAACAAUAAACUUCCGCCGCCGCGAGCUUUAGCGGCAGCAAAAUUGCUAAUUGAGGAAGGUCUGAGCCAAAAAUAUCUCUCCGACGACUACAAACUGUUCGGGCAUCGGCAGUUAAUCGCCAGCGAGAGUCCCGGCGAGGCACUUUACAACGUAAUAACGACUUGGGAGCAUUGGUCGAGCGAAAUUUGACUGAAAUCUGUAAUUGAACUCAAAUAUUUGUACAUAUUUCGUAAUUUUUUAAGUGUUUUUUGUGAUAAU